AUGUCUGGCUCCGAGCCCACCUCACCUUGUGGGCCGUAUGCCCCAAAUCACGAUUCGAUGGUUACCGUCUCACUAUCAGACAAACAGUCGAGUUCGGAACAUAGCCAACCAGACUGGCGAACCCUCAAUAUUCCCCCGAUACCCGUUGAAUCUGUCCAUGAGUCCCCCAUCAACCGCAACACCGCCGACUCAUUCGGUCCCAUGCCCCUCAGAGAUGCCGCACAACGCACCCCCCUCCCCGAAGAUGAACUUUUAACCCCGACAUCGCCAGAGCUAGAACAAGUGGAAGAAGAACCAGAGCAUGAAGUGGACUGGGACAAUCUGGUGAAAACAGAGGAACAGGAACCCCGCGGAGAGGGUUCAGACGAUUCAACUGCGUUAUUACUCGCCCGGCUGGAACAGGAGAACAAUGCUUUAGCACAUGACCCCAAAGCUGGUCUGGCCAACGCUCAAGCCGAGUUACAACAUCGCCAAUCCCGUUCGCAGUCGCUCCACCAAAUCAAACGACUUAUCAAUGACCCCGCCCGUGCAGAAUUACGAUACUCACAGCUGGCACCCCCACCAAUGACCGAACUGGAAUUCUGGGCCGCCCUCGUCGCCGAUUAUCCCCAAACCGCCCAACGAUUACCCACCCUCACCUCGAAUAAAGUUCAGGGAGGUGUCCCCCCACCUCUGCGAGGUGUCGUAUGGCCCAGCUUGGCCGGCGCCCGGGAUGCCAAUCUGCUGGGUGAAUUCCAACGACUGUCCGGCGAGAGCAGCCCCUACGAUGGCCUGAUCGGAAAGGACAUUGGUCGCAGUUUUCCUAAUGUGGAGAUGUUCCGGGACCCCAAUGGAGAGGGUCAACAGAUGUUGGCUAGGGUCUUGAGAUGCUUCAGUUUGUAUGAUGCGAAGAUUGGAUAUUGUCAAGGUCUUGGAUUCGUGGUUGGUCCUCUGCUCAUGCAUAUGUCCGAUGCAGAGGCUUUCUGUGUACUUGUUCGCUUGAUGGAUCAUUACAACCUCCGACAGUGCUACUUGCCAGAUCUCUCGGGUCUUCAUCUGCACGUUUAUCAGUUCCAGAGUCUCCUGGCACGACACCGACCCGUCCUGUUCGAGCACCUGGAGUCGCUCAACGUGGAACCGGUCUAUGUAUCCCAGUGGUUCUUAUCAUUUUUCGCGACAGCUUGUCCGCUACCGAUGCUGCUCCGCAUUUACGAUGUCAUUUUCCUUGAGGGCGCUUGUGAAACUCUAAUGCGCGUUGCGCUUUCUCUGAUGCAGCGAAAUGAGAAGAGAAUCUUAGCAUGCGCCGAAUUUGAAGAUGUGAUGCAAUUACUUUUGUCGCGCAGCUUGUGGGACACAUACGCAUUCAAUGCGGACGAUCUUGUAAAUGACUUUGUUUCGCUGACCCCCCUUGUGACCAAAGAGAGCUUAAAAACCCUCGAGGCCGCCUAUAACCAGUCCCAAGGUGUUACCACUGGAGUUUCAUUCCCAAAGAUGCAGGCUACGGCAUCUCGAUUUUUGGGAAGUCUUUGGGCUGGUUCGAGCAGUCACAAUUCGGUCAAGUCUCUGAACCCCAACCCAAGCCCGUCCCGCCCUGCCAGCACACUUCGCCGCUCCGCAUCGAAACAAAGCAUGGCGUCCACCCUCAACUCAGUGGAAAGCACAUCCGACGCGAGCACCGCGCCGACAGAACUUUCUGCAAAUGUAAACGCGGAUGGUCACAAAUCUCGCAUCAAGUCGAGCAUGUCAACAAACCAGAAAGACCGUGAUCUCCACACACAAAUCGAGGAUCUUUUGAUGGCUUUCAGCGAUUUACAACGCCAACACUCAGACUUGAGCUUGGAACUACAGAAGGAACGCGAAGAGCGGGAAGAAGAUCAAGCUUUGGCGAAGGAGAUGCUCAAUCACCUCCAGGAACUUCCGACCGAAACGCAGCCUGCGGAUCUUGUAUCUAAAGCGCAAGCCCGAUACGCGUCAAAUGAGCCCAAACACGCGUCAAUCCAACAAACAAAGCAACAACUACAUCAUGAUAUGACCCGAUGGAAGGAAAUGCACGAAUUGGAGGCGGGUAGAUACAUGGACCUUUCGCGGCGGAUGGAUGACUACGAGAAGGAAAACACAUCGCUCAAGGACCAACUCCGGGAAGCACGUGGACGAAUUCAAGAUGGAUACCGCGAGCGACAGCGCCUCGAAAGAAAAAACACAGAACUUCGAUCCUUGAAGACAACUACCUCCGAACCCAGAACCCCACCUGAAAUUGUUUCCCCCGCGUCUGAUGCCAGCCAGGCCUCUCCGAAGGGUCUCCGUGAACUAAAGCUAGCGCGCAGCAAUUCUCAAAAGACACCUACAUACAACAAACGCUCCAGUAGCCUCGGUCUUCAAAACAUUCUCUCUACAGAACAGAAUAAGCCUGCCCCCGAAGAAGCAUUGCUUCUAGAGUUGGUAGCGGCUAAGACUGCCGAAGCAGUUGCUAAGCAGGAACUCGAAGAAGUAAAGGGUAAACUUGAUUCUCUUCGGAAGAUGAUCAGCGCCCCUUCUCAGUCUGUGACUUCUAAGUUGGAGAAUAGGCAUUCUUUCAUCGGUCGCUCCUCAAAUAGGAACAGUAUUGCUAAAGCCCCUACUGAGCCUAUUAGGUCUCCGAAUCUCGGUAGUGGAGGGGGUGGAGGCGGGUUUUUCAGUGGAUGGGGCCGAAGAGCUGCGCCAAGCGUUGAAGAGCCUUGA